GUGAUGGCGAACCUAACAACUCCUCCAGCCUGGACCAGAGUCAUCAACAGCUCCUUGGACCCAGAUGGCGCAGACGACAAUGCCUACAAGUGCAUAUUUGACGAGGACUUCAAGUAUGUCCUGCUGCCCGUUUCCUAUGGCAUCGUGUGCGUGGUGGGGCUCUUUCUCAACCUGCUGGCCCUCUAUGUCUUUAUCUUCAGGAUCAAGACCUGGAACGCCUCCACCACAUACAUGUUCAACCUGGCCGUGUCUGACACACUCUACGUGGUCUCCCUGCCCCUUCUGGUGUAUUAUUAUGCCAUGGGGGACAACUGGCCCUUCAGCGUGGGCUUGUGUAAGAUAGUCCGCUUCUUGUUUUACACCAACCUCUACUGCAGCAUCCUUUUCCUCCUCUGCAUCAGCAUCCAUAGAUUCCUGGGCAUCUGCUUCCCGCUGAAGUCACUGCAGUGGGGACAUGUUCGCUACGCCCGGAGGGUGUCGGUCAUCGUGUGGGUGGUGACUGUCGUGUGCCAGUCGCCCGUGCUCUUCUUUGUCACCACCAGCGUGAAGCGUGACACUAUCACCUGCCACGACACAUCCAGCAAGGACCUCUUUGGCCAGUUUGUCAUUUACAGUUCGGUGAUGCUGGUGCUGCUCUUCUGCAUCCCUUUCCUCAUCAUCAUUGUCUGCUACUGCCUAAUGGCCCGGAGGCUGCUGCAGCCCACACGGGGGAUCUCCCGGCUGUCCCGAUCCAAAAAGAAGUCGGUCAAGAUGAUAAUCAUCGUCUUGGUGGUCUUCAUCGUUUGUUUUCUUCCUUUCCAUGUCACCCGUACCUUGUACUACUCCUUCCGGAGCUGGGACUUGAGCUGUCAGACCCUCAAUGCUAUCAAUUUAGUCUAUAAGGUGACUCGUCCCCUAGCUAGCACCAACAGCUGCUUGGAUCCCAUUUUGUAUUUCUUAGCAGGACAACGAUUUAUGAAGUUUGCGGGCAACAAAAUGCCAGGGAAGCCUCAAAAUGAAAUGGCGCUGGGCAUCGUGCCCAACAGUCACCUGGGAAUGAGCAAUGACACAGACACGUUAUCCAAGGAUGUGAAAUCCUAGCUCUGCUCCGGCACGGCCAGCACCAUCUCCGCGACAGAAGGGUUUAUCCCAUGUGUGAAGGGACGUCAGAUGCUUCGGCACCCGAGGUUUUUGGUAUUUGCGGUGCCUUGGCUUGCACCCACUUGGUCCGUGUUAAAUGUGCUCCUCUGCUUGUCACUGUUUCAAACGUAUUUUUUCAGGAAGAUACCGCUGUGGUUAUACACACGAACCCCGUAUGUCUGCCUCUUCAUCCAAGCCUGCCUCUCUGUUCAACCCUGAAUAGCAUCUCUCCACGAGCGAGGCUGGGUGACCUCUAUCAAGGUGGCCAAAUCUAAAAAAAAUCACGCCCUGAAUGUCUUAGAUCAUUUUCUAAAGCAGAAACAUUGUGUGCAAAAGGUCCCCCUAAAGAAAUCCAUCUGCCUUUCUCCAGAUUCCCUGGCACAGAGGUAGCAAGAGUUUCCCUGUGCCUUGGCAAGGGAGGAAAGGCUUUUGGUCGAUGAGGAGAGUCAGCUGUGGUUCUGCUAAACAGGUCGAUGAAAAUGUCAAGUGCAAAUACCACCCGCAGCAGGAAAGGAUCUCCCACAGCUUUGCAUCCCUGAAGAAAUGCUCUCCCAGCUUCAUGCCCCGGCAUCUGCUGGCAGAGCCGGGAGGGGACUCCUAGCUCCUGUCCAAGGGCUGGCUUCCCAUUAAAAAGGGUGCUGGUGGACCUUUUAUCACUGGAGCAUACUGGUACCAUCCCACUGGAGUUUACUGGUACCACCAAGCAGGUCCUCUGUAAGUUUCUCCAGUGGGAUCAACAUCUAAAAGACCAGUUAGUGCAUCCCAACAGCAACAUUUACCCUUGAAAAGCUUUUAGGAACCUGUAGCUUUCUUUCAGUUGCUGGCCUUAAUAAUCAUCUCCAGCUCAUUAAAAUUUAGGGUGAGCUCGUCAUGUCUUGUUUUUAACCCCCUUACUAGUGACUCAUGCUUCCAGCAAAGAAGUGAAGACCGUUGCUCAUCCCCUUGGCUGAGUACUGCCACAUCCUCAUUGCUGCUCAGAGGUGACAGCCCUCUGGGACCUUUAGAAGCUUGCUGUGACCCAAAGUGCUGCCCAGAUGUUGCUGCCUGGUCACCUCAUAAUCCUGGUAAUCCCAGUGCUCUACUGAAGCCAGUCAGCGUAUCCCUUACUGACAGUGUGGACCUGCCCUGGGAAAUUCGGCAGCACUAAACCCUGGGUUUAAGAGCCAUACCAAUAAACAUGGUGCUAAGCUUAACCCCAGACCUGUCUGGAUUUGGCCUUGCAUCCCCCAUCAACCAGGACAGUUCAAAGUAAACUGGAGAAAAUAUCCACAAAACACUUCACCAGA